GGCCCGGCCCGGCGAGACACGUUCUCCAAGUGCGGCUGCCCGGAGUUUGCUUCCCCUGAGGCGGGGCGGGCGCAGCCGGCGCGGCUGAGGAGGAGAGCGCGGCGCGGGAAAAUAACUUUGCGGUGAAGCAGAAGUGAAGGUGAUUCAGUGGUGGUAAAAAGGAGAAUCAGCAGCACAGCUUGUCUGAGCACUUGACCUGAGCUGUCUUGCCGUGUAAGCAGAAAAAGAGAAUCUGUGGGAAAAUUAACACUAAAAAAAUGACUGAAGAAUACAUAUAAGUUACGCUGGAAGAAGUAGCUUUGCUGUGAGCAUCCCCAUCCUAUGAGAAGGAAGAGGAGAAGGAUCCGUCAGCCUUCUUAGGUGUAAAAUGGGGACUACAGGUGAUGACAUGGCUGCAGUGGAGCAGAAUGCCUCCUUGAACCCUCUGUGCUUUGAGUGUGGUCAGCAGCACUGGACAAGGGAGAACCAUCUCUACAACUACCAGAACGAAGUGGAUGAUGACUUGGUCUGCCACAUUUGCCUUCAGCCCUUGUUGCAGCCGUUGGACACUCCCUGUGGACACACUUUCUGCUACAAGUGCCUAAGGAACUUUCUGCAGGAGAAGGAUUUCUGCCCACUGGAUCGAAAAAGACUCCAUUUUAAGCUCUGCAAAAAAUCCAGUAUCCUUGUUCAUAAACUGUUAGACAAGCUCUUUGUUUUGUGCCCUUUCUCUUCUGUGUGUCAGGAAGUGAUGCAGCGAUGUGACCUGGCAGCACAUCUUAAGAACAGGUGUCCUGGAGCUUCUCAUCGGAGAGUUGCUUUGGAGAGAAGGAAAACGAGCAAGCUACAAGCUGAAGCAGAGGGUGAGAGUGGUCUUGGCGGGCCAGAGCAGCCCGGCAGUUUAUCUCCGGACGCUGAUCAGGGAAUAGUGCCAGCUGAGCCGAGCUUUACCUCGCCCGCCCUGCCCGCCUGGGCAGACGAGCCCGGCAUCGACAAUCCGCCUUUUGAGGAGAACACAGUAACAGACACAAAUCAACAGCCACCUACCUUGCCUGAAGGAGAGAUCACUACUAUUGAAAUUCAUCGGUCCAAUCCUUAUAUUGAAUUAGGAAUUAGCAUAGUGGGUGGCAAUGAAACACCUUUGAUCAACAUUGUCAUUCAAGAGGUUUAUCGAGAUGGGAUCAUUGCCAGAGAUGGAAGACUUCUUGCUGGAGACCAAAUACUUCAAGUCAAUAGCUUUGACAUAAGCAACGUGUCCCACAACCACGCUCGAGCCGUGCUGUCGCAGCCGUGCUCGGUGCUGCACCUGACGGUGCUGCGGGAGCGGCGCUUCGGCAGCCGCACGCACAACCACACAGACACGCCGGGCUCCGGGCGGGAGGACAGCUUCCAGGUGACGCUGCACAAGCGUGACUCCAGCGAGCAGCUCGGCAUCAAGCUGGUGCGCAGAACGGAUGAGCCGGGGGUUUUUAUUCUCGACCUCUUGGAAGGGGGUUUGGCUGCUCAGGACGGCAGGCUCUGCAGUAAUGACCGCGUGCUGGCCAUCAAUGGACACGACUUGAAGCACGGCACACCGGAGCUUGCUGCUCAGGUUAUACAGGCAAGCGGGGAGAGAGUGAACUUGAUCAUCUCUAGACCCCUGAAGUCACAGACAGUCAGCAUUAUCCGAGACACCGGGACUCACAACAGUAACUCACACCAGCACCAGUCCCAGCAGCUGUUCCACAGCAGACCUAGCUCACAUAAGGAUCUCUCCCAGUGUGUUACAUGCCAAGAAAAGCACAUUACUGUGAAAAAAGAGCCACAUGAAUCUCUGGGAAUGACAGUGGCAGGAGGCAGAGGCAGCAAAAGUGGUGAACUGCCCAUCUUUGUGACAAGUGUGCAGCCUCACGGGUGUUUGGCAAGAGACGGCAGGAUUAAACGAGGUGAUGUGCUGCUGAACAUCAACGGCAUUGAUCUGACCAACCUGAGUCACAGCGAGGCCGUGGCCAUGCUGAAGGCUAGUGCUGCCUCUUCAGUAGUUGCCCUGAAAGCCCUGGAAGUCCAGAUUGUAGAAGAGCAGCCCCAGGUUAAUGAAGAACAAUUGAGUACCAUCAGUGAAAAUGAAUACGAUGCCAGCUGGUCACCGUCCUGGGUCAUGUGGCUGGGACUUCCAAGCUGCCUGCACAGCUGCCAUGACGUGGUGCUGCGGCGGAGCAAUUUAGGGAGCUGGGGCUUCAGCAUCGUUGGUGGCUACGAGGAGAACCACACAAACCAGCCUUUCUUCAUUAAAACCAUUGUUCUUGGAACUCCUGCCUACUUUGAUGGAAGAUUAAAGUGUGGUGAUAUGAUUGUUGCUGUAAAUGGACUAUCCACUGUUGGAAUGAGUCAUUCUGCACUCGUUCCCAUGCUGAAGGAGCAGAGGAACAAAGUGACUUUAACCGUGAUUUGCUGGCCUGGAAGCCUCAUAUAGAGUUGUGAAUCACUUCGGUUCAAGCAGCAUCUUUCUCUAGAUAGCUGGCACAAAUCUCCUCUAUCUUUUUUUCCUUAUUGAUACAGCUGGUUAAAAACAGGGCCAAAACUGCUGUAUUUUCCUUUUUUACAGGCCUCUCAGACUUACUCUACCUGUUUUGCCAUCCUGAAAUAGCUAUUUCUGUUUGCUAUGUCUGUUGCUGACACAAAUGCAAAUAUACUCAAGCUCACAGAGAAACCCCCACUCUAAUAUGGCUAUCAUUGAGCUUUUCCCCAUUAGGCUUGUAGGGUCAGCAGAAGAACUUAGGGGUUCUUUGGGUUUCUCUGCAAAGUCCUCAAGUUGUAUUGUGAUAUAUAAAUGUAACAUUCGUGUGUCCACUCUUCCCGGCAAAGAGACCGUGUGUCAGUUCCAGAACGACACAUCUGUCUGCUGCUAUGAACCAAAACGUGUUUCCAAAGGUUACAUCUCUUCAUUUCGUAAACCUUUCCAUUUUUGAUUCCACAUUUUGGACUGAUUCAAGUAUUCCAUCUUUCUUAUCAGAAAUUGCUUGGUCCCCCAGAUUUUUCUUGCAGAGCAUCAAUGUUCAUAGAAAAGUAGGACAAAAGCCUGAUACUAGUAGAAUUUUUAUAAAGUGCAAUAAUUGGACUCUUUGUUAGGAAACUUUAAUAUAUUACAGAGUUUGUACCCUAUAAUGACAAGAAAUAUGGAAGUAAUUCCCGUUGCAAUGCUGGCAAGGAUUCAUGUGCCCAAGGUCGCCUUUGAGUGAAUGGCUUGCAGUAUUAGACUUUACUUUACAAAUGAAUGUUUUGCUAUGUCAAAGAAUUUUGAUGAACAUUUUUAUGAAGAUCAUUUUUACUGUUUCUAUUGUAGUUGUCAGCUCUCUUUAUUCAAGUGUGGAAACAAAACUCUGACUUGUACUUUCUAAAUGAGAGAAUUAUUUCCAGGGAAAAAAGUAAGCUAUUAAGAAACCGUAUGUUAUGGUUUACAGGUGAGCAGACUAGAAGGAAAGCUCUUUGAUUUCAAGUCCAACUGCAGAGUAAGCUGCAAAGUUCACUCUUACUGUCACCUCCUGACAAAUGUGCAAAUGCCUUGAUAUCAAAUGCUGAAAAGAUCGCUUUUGCAUUUCAGGAUUUUUUAUUUUUUUUUUCCUUUAGAGAGCACCUGCUAUUAAGUUGUCAGUAACACUGUUCGUCUUGGAUUGUAUUUAGUAUUUUUACAAACCAACCUGUAACUUCUAGACUUUGCCUUUCCAUGUGUACAGGCCACUAAGAACCCACUCGUUUAAGAAAAGACAGGUGGAGCACAGAAAGAAAUGUGCUGACCUGGAGCUAACCCUGUGUGUUGUCAGUGUUCUCAAUAUUUGAAAAGAGCUUCAUUUAUAAACCAGGUUCCCAACCUGAACUGAUUUUAUGAAUGACCUCUGUAUUGUAUUAUUAAUUACCAGAGAAUGUAUUUGAGAGUCACAGCAUAUUUCAAUUGUGAAGCAUGAACUUUGUUUUCAAACUUAGCUGGUAUAAUAUCAGGGCAUAUUAUCGCAUGUCAUUAAUUCCAGUAGCUUUGUUUUCAAAAGAAAUAAAGUUACUCUUUUGCAAAAAAAAAAAAAAAAAAGAAAAAAAGGUUAAAAAUAUCAUAUGAAUGGUUUUAUUCCUCUCUGUAAUGUAUAUUAUUGGUUUGAUUUCAUAAUAUUAUAAUACAAAAGAUUGUCCUUUCCAGUAUAUUACUGUAGUGAAAAUCCUUGUUUCUGAAGCAAACACCAAAUUUAUUUGAUACUCUAACUGAUUUAAGAACCAGUUUUCUCCCAUCCCCAGAUGGUGUUUAACUGUAUGCUUUGCCCUUAAUGCAGACUUUUUUGUGAAGUACAUCUUAGUGCGUAGGCUUUAGGGAAGUUUUUGACAUAUGUACUAGAUUUAGUGUUUUUUAUUUUAAAAAUCACACUUUUCAUUCAAAAUCCUGCAAAAAAAUAUUUUUAGAUCUUUUUUCCCUUUUAUAUGUUAAGUGUAAUAAAAGCAUGGGUUAGUUUAAACUGUGCAGUUCUGUUUCUGUGUGCUGUAGCUUUUGAUCAGAAUAUCUAAGCGAUAAAACUUUUCGGAAUAAAUUCGCUUCCUGAAUAAUUUUUUACCCUUUCUCUUGUAGCAGCAUAGUUGGGUUUGGUUUUCUGUGCCUUCUGUUUUAAAUUAUUUCAAGAUUAUUUUUUUUUUUCCAAAUAUUGCUAUCUAAUUGUAUGGUAUUAAUGAAGGAUGAAUGAAAAUAAAAGUUCAUUCUACACAUUGUAAUAACUCCAAAGUAUCGUCUCACUCUUUGCAAAAGAUAUGGGGAGCUUGGUACAAACUCAGUUUAAAGAUAAUUUUUUUUCUCUUGUGAUUUAUCAUAAAUUACAAUUAGUGAAUGUUACCAUAAGGGUCUGAGGGUAUGCUCAGCCUGCCAGGGUGACCUACCAGCUGUUUAACCAUUAAUCCCAGCACUGAGAAGUCUUUCUAAAGUUGAGGUAAGAUCUGUGCUUUAUGGUGCUUUGCCACAAGUAGUGCUUCCUCUUUCCCCCUCCAUGCCAGCUGGUACUGAUCAGCUGGAGGAUGUUUUCACAGCAGAGACUUGAUGCAAGAAGUCACCCCAGGACAACAGUCUUGCUGGAAACAUCAGUUUUACAACUGAAACUUGAGCCUCGUGGUUAUCAGCUCCCAUCUCCAUCUCCUGCAGGCAAGGAUGCUCUAUCCUUAGAUGUCUGCAAUGCUAGAAUGAAUCUAAAAGCAAUUUCUUAGUCAUUUGCAGUAAAGGUGCCCAGACUUUGUACUGCUGCUCCUUGCAGUAGUUAUGAAUAGUUGAGUUCCUUUAAAAUAGAACCAUGCCUGUGUAGAGAAAUGCAGAAGAAAUCUGCCAUGCCUGCCGGUAGAUUAUGAGGCCUUGUAUUUCUUGUAAGGUAGGAGCCAGACCAUCAGAGUUUUGAUUUACAGACAGAUGAAGGAGUUAAUUGCUGCAGGGGGAGGUGCACAGAGCUUUGUGUAAGGUGGUGAACUUGGUCAUCUGCAUGUUGGAGCUUCAUGGGAGGAACACCUUUUCCAAACAACCCUAGGGAUCUCUGGUUAAGAAUGUAAAAGCGUUUAUUCUGCGUCACAGCAUGCCAGUAAAGUGAAAUGUAGGAAGCUCGUUUGCCACGCUAAACUUUCUCUUUACAGUCAUGAACAACCGAGGGGAAAAUCAAUGUCACAGAAGAAUUAAAAAUAUAUAUUAAGAAUAUAUUUCUAAAUUCUAUAAUAGGUCUGGGGUGGAUAUGAUUAAAAUCUCUGAUUCUGGUUCUCAGAAUGUGACCCAGACAACAUCAGAAGCAAGGCAAGUUCCUUUUUUAAAAGAAACUUGACCAUUUACUUCUGAGCCAAUUUCAAUGGAUCAUAAAUGUUUAUUAACAAACUGAGGUAGGAGAUUGUCAAGGGGUAUCUUUACUUUUAGGAGAGCUUUGAGAGCUAAGGAAGUUGAGGCUGUUGAGGGCUGAUGGGAGUCCUUUCUCUUGACUAAUUAUCAAGCAUUUCUAAGAAUUGACAGCAGUUCUGACCAUUAAAAAGUGAAGUCAACUUGUAAACACCCCUUUAAGAUGUACAGUCAGAGGUCUCUUGCCCUCUUUGGUUUCCGGCUUCUGACAAGGUAACAAGGUCUGUCCUGGCCUCCUUCCCCCCCUCCAGGCCGGACGAGGCCGCAGGGAGGUGGGGGGGGA